CAGCUCAUGAGUUAUACACAGUGGGCUACAGCCAACAAGGGAGUCGAUCGCUUUCCAAGCUUUGGAACUAUGUACACUGGGUCUGUGAGGAAAGGCGGCUCAGUUAUCUGCGUUAGUUAACUAACUUGACUGCCACGGAUAAUUAUUUCACCGUUCAGGCCGUGUUUGGAAACAAUGAGCUACAUGAGUUGGUCAUGUGACCGUCACCCCCUUACUGCCCGGAACAUCUCGUCUCAGAUUGAGGUGCACAGUACCUCAAUUGAGCUCACUUUGCUGGGACGGCCGGCACAAAUAAAUGUGUUCGAGCUACCUAUAUGGCUACUCUUCCUUUGCUCAGAGGGAACGAAAUUUCGUUGGAAGAUGCCCUGGCCGACGACGAUAAUAUCCUGCACCGCCUUGACUACCCGCAAAAGCAGCAUGACUUCUGUUCAUAUCUACUGAGCCACAAAACGGACCUCGAAUCUUUCGUUUCGUUCCAUCUUGGCGUCAAAAUAUGUGAAAUUGCCGACAAGGUUGAUUGGUUGUUCGGGAGCUACAACGUGUGCAUUCCGGUCUACAUUAAUCGGCCCUUUGGCGAACGUGUCCUAAUUCGAAUCCCACUGCCUUUCAAAGUUGGGGAAGAGAAGCAUCCCGGGAAUUCAGAUGAGAAACUGCGCUGCGAAGUCGCUACAUAUAUUUGGAUUCGCGAAAAUUGUCCGACUAUCCCAAUACCUUUCCUUUACGGGUUCGGGUUCCUCAAUGGGCAAAAUUUUACCAAUGAAAAAUCCAUGGGUAUCUGUACUCAAUGGUAUCACCGUAUGAAACGAACGAUACGAUCGUUGCUUGGGUACCCCAGGACAUCUCCUUUUAUCAGCACGAAGGGAAGUGGUUCUCUGUGCAUCGGAUAUAUGAUUAUCAGCUUUGUUGAGAGUGGCAGCAUGCUGUCCAACACUUUGUCAAAGUUCCUUCUGGCGGACAAAACUCGAAGGCAUGCUCUUUUCAGCGAUCUUGCAAAGAUCAUGCUCACACUUAAUCAAAAUCAAUUCCCACGUAUUGGAUCUUUGACUUUGGAUGAUGAUGGCGUGAUUCUUUUGAAAAAUCGUCCCCUAACGCUGCGACUUCAAACUUUCGAAAAUGAAGGCAUCCCCACUAUACCAAGGAACUCUACGUAUCAGUGCGUGGAGCCGUACAUCUUGGAUCUGUUGCACUGUCACGACAACCGCCUUCACUACCAACCAAAUGCUAUUCAUGAUAUUCACGAUGGCCAGGAACAGCUUGCUGCUUUGACUAUGAUGCGAAGUCUCUUGCCUCGGUUCAUUUCCCAUCAGUAUCGCGAUGGUCCAUUUCUACUCACACUUACUGAUCUCCAUCCAAGUAAUAUUUUUGUGGAUGAAGAUUGGCAUAUUACGUGUUUGAUAGACUUGGAAUGGGCAUGUAGCUUACCCAUUGAGCUACAGACACCACCGUAUUGGUUGACUGGUCGACCUAUCGAUGAUAUCGAGCAUGGGGAACAUCUUCAAAGUUUCCAAUCUGUCAUUUAUGAAUUCAUAGAGGCUUUUGAACAGCAGGAGAGAUCUAUCCGAACGCUUGUCACUUCUCAAGCUGAGAUCAUGAAAAAAUGCUGGGACAGAGGGAGUUUCUGGUAUUUCCAAGCUGUCCAUAGCCCUAAGGGCCUUCUCCGAGUGUUCAACGAGCAUAUCCAGCGAAUUUUCUGUGAAGAGCACUGCACACAGCGAAUAUUUGAUCGGACGGUAAGCCCUUAUUGGUCCGUGGACGCGGGAAAUUUCAUUCAAGCAAAGGUGGAGGAAGACGCGGACUACAAGGAUCGGUUGAGGGCUCGUUUCGAGGAGAUAGGUCAUUAAUUUUUGCAGACAUGUGUUUGGCCGAACAAGUCUACCCACUGCGAGCGCUUACCGCUUAGUCUUUUGUGUUCAAUUUUCUUUUUCUCUGUGCCUCUGAUCCCGAAGAUAUGACCUGGUCGAUGUUUGGAUUAUUCGCAAUUUGCUGUGAGGGCAGCUCAAUGUCUUUUUUUCCUCGAGCUCUCCGAGCUUCUUCACCGGAAGACAUGGACAUACUGAUGAGCUGAUUCUGCUCUAUGCGCUCUGAUUCAGAGGAAGCUUUGUCUUUUUGCUCACUCAUGUUGGGUGUUUUCUCGCUUGCAAAAAUGGAAUUAUGAUAAAACCGUCGAUGGUAUAUCAGCAGGAGGGGCUGGCCUGCACUCCUACAGAUAAGAAAGCGGGGGAAUUAUAUUACUGUCACGUGAUGGGUGUUUUAGUAUGCCGAUGAUAUUUGUCAACCCCAAUGGGUUGCUACUCGUACCAAAACAAGGAUGAACAUCACAUGAAUUGUUUCAUAGAUGAUGCAACACUUUUAUAUGGCGAAUACCAGCUAUUUAUGUUAUCAUCAGGCACCAGGAUAUUCUACAUCCGUGGACCUCCGUUAUACUGUAAGUUCAUGGGUAGUUCAACCUCCAUGAGCGCCCUCAUUCUAUGUUCUUGAAUCAAUCAAGUCUAUCAAUUCAAUCAAUCUCCCC